CUAAGUUCUGCAGUAAUUAUUUUAUGUAUUUGUGAAUUUUCUGAGCGCCAUUGCUUUUUACCGAUGUAACGUUGAAAUGAUUUUAAUCAGUUUUCAUCGGCAAUUCUGUGUUAUGUUUUAGCAAAUUACCGAAGUGAUUGUGUACUAAAACUAUCGAACUUCUAUAAGUUUUGUGCUGGGCUUUGUCAUGGCCGGCAAUGGUGGGGAGACGACAUGGUGUUUUAGUCAGGUGAAAGGCACCCUCGAGGACGAUGUCACCGAGGCCGACCUGAUAUCAUGCGUCGAGUUCAACCACGACGGCGAGCUUCUCGCCACCGGCGACAAAGGCGGCAGGGUUGUUAUAUUUCAGAGGGAUCCUGCGUCAAAGCAAUGCGUACCCAAGAAGGGCGAGUACAACGUCUACUCGACGUUUCAGUCACACGAGCCCGAGUUCGACUACCUCAAAUCCUUGGAGAUCGAGGAGAAAAUAAACAAAAUACGGUGGCUCAAGAGAAAGAACCAAGCGCACUUCCUACUCUCCACAAAUGACAAGACUAUUAAGCUUUGGAAGGUGUCGGAGCGUGACAAACGCGUGACGGGGUACAACACACGUGAGGAAGGCGGCCGGCCAAGAGACCCGGCACGAGUCACCCAGCUACGCGUUCCCACCGUGCUUCCCGCAGACCUGAUGGUCGAGGCGUCGCCCAGACGGAUAUUUGCAAACGCACACACGUAUCACAUAAACUCGAUCUCCUUGAACUCCGAUCAAGAGACGUACCUGUCGGCGGACGACCUCCGCAUAAACCUGUGGCACCUCGAGAUCACCGACCAGAGCUUCAAUAUAGUCGACAUCAAGCCCGCCAAUAUGGAGGAACUCACCGAGGUUAUAACCGCGGCUGAGUUCCACCCGACUGAAUGCAAUCUCUUUGUAUAUUCUAGUAGUAAGGGUACAAUAAGGCUAUGCGAUAUGCGCGCGGCAGCGUUAUGCGACCGCCACGCAAAGUUAUUCGAGGAGCCGGAAGACCCGCACGCGAGGUCAUUCUUCUCCGAGAUCAUCUCCUCCAUCAGCGAUGUUAAGCUGAGCAACUCUGGCAGAUAUAUGAUGUCAAGAGACUACCUAGGUUUAAAAGUUUGGGAUCUUAGAAUGGAAACAAAGCCUGUUGAAACAUAUCCAGUGCACGAGUAUCUUCGCUCAAAGCUGUGCUCGCUGUACGAAAAUGAUUGUAUCUUUGAUAAGUUUGAGUGCUGCUGGAGUGGUGACGACCAGCGGUUGAUGACCGGCUCCUAUAAUGGCUUCUUUAGGAUAUUCGAGCGCGGCGGCGGUGGCAACGCGGGUGCGGGUGGUGCGACGCGCCGCGGUGAGCUGACACUGGAGGCUUCACGCGACGCGGCGGCGAGGCCGAGGCAGCCUUUGCGGGCGAGGCGCGUCGCCGCGACUGCCAAGAGGAAGAAGGACGAAAUAAGCGUAGACUGUUUGGACUUCAACAAGAAAAUCCUGCACACUGCGUGGCAUCCACAUGAGAGCAUAAUAGCGGUAGCGGCGACGAACAAUCUCUUCAUAUUCCAGGACAAAUUCUAGCGGCCCCCGUAGCUCCCCGGCCUUAGGUGAGAGAGGACAUAGUAAUUAUAUAGGCGCGGCUAUAUAAGGCCCCAGUUCUAUGUUAAGGCGAUUGGGACACUUUUUUUCCAGGCUGGCAACCAGGGAAGGCGCUGAUGAUAUAAAAUCGAAACAUUUCUUCUCCAAUAUCAAUUAUAAAGAACUCAGUAUGCAGUGCUUUAGUGUAGAACGUGAACAAUUUGCGUCUCUUACCAUAUUAUUUUAUUAACAACGAAUAUUUUCGAACAAAAAUUGAUGAAUAGAUUGAUCGAUUGAAAUCUUUUUUUUUGUUCAUUAUUAUGGUCCACUUUUGGUUGAUUAAAACCUCGAUAUUGAUUAUUAUAUGAUGGUCACUUUAUCGAAAGCUGUUAACCUGGGGUCACCGCUCUCGCGGCGUAUAUCUAGUGCAUGUACAAAUGUUUAUAUCACUUGUAUUGGAGGGAGGUUCGUCUAUUUUAUAUCACCAGCCUGCCUAAUAUAUAUCCUGGUCGACAAACACGCAAGGGACAUCAUGAUAAAAGUGGCCCCAGUCCCCGUUUGCUUUCAUCGGCCUCAUGUUAAUGGGAGGAUUCUAAGUUUUACUGGGGCCUCGUUUUAAGUAUCCCCAUGCCUCAGAGCGUUAGGGGUCUUAUUUGUUUUUAAUUAAAUUCGUUGAAUUUUUUUUUUGUAAAUAGCUGCGCGCGCCUAUUUGUUGGUAGAGAUUUUUAUAAUAGUUGUGUCUAAAAAGUACCAUUACUGAAAUGAUAGUGAUGCAAAUUGAUUAAAGUGAUGGUGUGUAAGGAAAUGGAUUUAAUUAGGAUAAAACUUGUUAGCAAUAAAAUAUAACUUUAAUAUGCUUGCCUUUCAAAAUGUAUAUCGAUAGUUUUGCGCCGUUAAACAGCGUUUUAUAUAAAAUACAUAACUCAAAAAUACGACCUUGUUGUUGACUGUGGAAUUCAAAACGAAUGUAAAUGCUCAAUUAAUAAAAAUGGUACUUAUCACAACAAAACAAUUUAUUCAUACAUAAUGUAUGUGCAAAUGAAAUUUAUUGUAUGAAAGGAUAGAUGGAAUAUUCCUGUAUCUAUUCAUAAGAUAAAAAUUAUAUUUUGUUAAGGUAAUAAAAUAAUAUGUCCUCCUUGCCCAGGGCUAGGUUUUUUUAGUAAUUUUGUCAUGUUACAAAAAGAGGUGUAGCUGUCAGUUAAGAUAUAUUUUUAUCUAUGUCAAAACACGUAACAAAAAUCUUUUAGGCUGUAUGGUCUAUGAUCUUUGCAUAUCGAGGGCGAUAAAUAAAAAAAAAAACCCUUUUUUUUCUUUAAAUACGGGUUUGCUAGCCAUGUUGAAAUAAUACUUUUUGCUUCUAACACAAUAAUAGGAGGUAUUUUGUCGAAAAUAUAGCCUAAGCGGUUUAAAUUAUAUUUUUAUUAAACGCUGCAUCAGAUUAUGAGAAUGAUUUUUAACGCAAUUUUAAUCGUUACUGACAGUUACGUCUAUAAUUUUUACUUGUUAAAACCAAUUUUCGGAUUGUAUGGUUGUUAUUGUUAAUAAUAGAAAAUCAGAUACAAGCCUUGAGUUUAAGCUUAUUAAAACACAUCUCUUGCAUACCACCGUACAUACCAAAUAUAUAAAUAAAGUAACAUUAACCCUUCGAUACUGGCUUAUACCACUAACUGGCUGAAAUGCUCUGUCACUAUAUAGGAUCCGGUUUGGGGGGAAUUCAAUGUAUGUAUAUCGUUUAUAUAAUACUAGCUGUGCCCGGCCAAGUUUUGCUAUGCCUUAUUCUGAUAUAAAAUGCUGUUUCCCUGAUAAAAAGUAUAUACGUGAAUUCGCAAAAAGAUUAUGUUAAAAAAAAAAGAAAAUCAAUAACAAUAAGAGCUCAUAAAUCAAAAAAAUAGAUAAUGAUCAUACAAUCCGAUACAUCGCUAGCUAGGUAAUAAGUACGUUAUUCAAAACUGAUAUAAUUUAUACGCUUUUCAUACUUAAGGUUCUACACGAUAAUUAAGUAUUUAUUGUUUAUGAGGAAUACAGUUUAGGAUCGUCGCUUGUCCCCCACAGAUGA